CCGGUAGAUGGCAGUAAUGCAAGAAAUAAGCUUUCCAGAAGAACGAGAACAAUAAUAAGAAAAUAAAAAAGUUGGAUAAGUAGCCACACCGUGGUUGUCGUCACGUGAAGGUGCUGCAGUCCAUCCAACGCCAUGGGAAAGAAAAGUCGAGUGAAGAUUCAGAAGUCUGGAUCAGGAGCUAGUGCUUUGCCUUCUCCCAAAGAGAUGAUGAAUCUGAUUGUUGAACUUCUGCAAAAGUGCAGCAGUGAAUCCCCAUCUGCCAGUGAAGAGUGGGAGGAAUAUAUCCAAAUCAAAAGCUUGGUUGAGAAGAUCCGCAAGAAACAGAAGGGUAUGUCGGUCGUAUUUGAGGGUUGCAGACACAGGCAUUUCCAAGAUCUGGUGUCCUGGGCAAAAGCCAACGGGUCAUCCUGUGAUGGUCUCCAAAUUGGCAACUUUGGAAAAGAAGGCUAUGGUCUUCAAGCCAAGAAAGACAUCAAGGCAGAAGAACUCUUCUUAUGCAUUCCUAGGAAGAUGAUGAUGACCUUGGAAUCAGCACAAACUUCCGUCCUGGGACCUCUGCUACGCCAGGACCGAAUUCUGAAGGCAAUGGGCAACGUGUCACUCGCCCUCCACCUGCUUUGCGAGCGCGCCAAUCCUACAUCUAGGUGGCUGCCGUAUAUUCGCAGUCUUCCCCAGGAUUACAGUACCCCGCUGUAUUACCAGCCAGAAGAAGUUCAGCUGCUUCUGGGCACACAAGCUAUUCAGGAUGUCUUCAGCCAAUUCAAGAACACAGCACGCCAGUAUGCCUACUUCUACAAACUUUUACAGACUCAUCCUGCUGCCGCUGUUCUCCCCUUGAAGGACAGCUUCACAUUUGAUGAUUACAGGUGGGCAGUGUCUUCCGUCAUGACCCGUCAGAAUCAGAUCCCUACUGAGGAUGGCAGCCAAAUCACACAAGCGCUCAUUCCUCUUUGGGACAUGUGUAACCACACAAAUGGUCUGAUCACCACUGGCUACAAUUUGGAGGAUGACCGUUGCGAAUGUGUGGCACUGACAAAUUACAAGGAGAACGAGCAGAUUUACAUUUUUUAUGGCACCAGAUCCAAUGCCGACUUUUUCGUCCAUAACGGCUUCUUCUUUCAAGACAACGUCCAUGAUCGGGUGAAGAUCAAGCUGGGCAUCAGCAAAAGUGAGAGACUCUACGCCAUGAAAGCAGAGGUGCUGGCACGUGCUGGCCUUCCAGUGUCUUGUGUCUUUGCUCUGCACGCCAGUGGAUCCCCAGUUUCAGCACAGCUGCUGGCUUUUUUGAGAGUCUUCUGCAUGACAGAGGAAGAACUGAAAGACUACCUUGUGGGGGACUCGGUCAAUAAGAUCUUAAACCUGAGUAAUCAUGAAUUUCCAGUUAGCUGGGGGAAUGAAAUCAAAUUGUGGACGUUCCUGGAGACCAGACUUACUCUGCUGCUCAGGAACUAUAAAACUACGUCUGAGGAGGACAGUGUCAUGCUACAGCAACCCGAUCUAUCGGCUCACGCUCGUGCGGCCAUCCAACUCCGACUGGCUGAAAAGCAGAUCCUGCUGAAAUCGCUGGCCAAUGGACAAGCCAAACUUAUGCAUUUUGAAAAAAAACUGGCAGAAGGCAUGCCUUUGCCUUGCUGCGACAAUGGUGGCAUGGCUUCCUGUGAGAAUACUAAUUGCAUAUCUUCCGAUCAAGGUGUUGAUGUUUGGGCAGGGCAAGGCGUUUGAGCUGCACAAGUACUGUAACUCUCUAUGAAGGCUAAUCGCUGCCCAGGGCAAGAAUAGAGAAUUUGAAUAGCAAUAAUGAGGAUCCAGUUCACAAUUUGUGACCCACUGGAGUGAACAAUACAUUUCGAAAAUAUGAAAUAAAACAAUAUGUGGCGUGUCAA